UCCUGCAGACAUGCAGCUCUUCAACAGCGCCCUGACGCACUACCCGAGGUCAUCCAGCAAACUUACCAUCACUUUGUCCAGCGGAACCAGGACUCCACCAGUGGGAGACACACCGCCUCUGACACACCUCGACACUGCCAACAAGGAUCCGGUGAGAGAGGCUACUUCUUCCGCAAUCAUGCCCGCCUUUUCUUGCUACGAAGCCUCUUCAGCAAGGCCAAUGUACUUCACUUCCACUGCCGAGUUACUGAUACGCAAACCGGACGGAGUGGAGAGGGCGGUGCCGGUCCACAUCACCAGGGUGCCCAAGCCUCCUUCCCCUGUCUCUCAAGGGGGUCCAGCUUGUAAUGGCGUGUUGGUGGACUUUAUGGAUCAGCUCAGAAACGGAACAGAUGAACUUUUCCUGGAGGACCCUGAGCAUUUUCUCUUCGAGGACAAAGUACGGAGCAACAGGUCGGUCUCAUUCCACCAAGAUGAGCCUGUGGCCUCUGCAGCUGAGCUGGAGGUCCAGCCUGUUGAGGGAAGCAGUGCCCUAACAGAUGAGGAGCGGGCCUUUGAGCUGAGUGUCCUGCAGGAGCCCCCCCAGCAGCAGAGAGGAGGUGACAAGGUGGCCCGCUACCUAGCAGAGGUGGAGACUCAGAAUAAGUACCUCCAGGAGAAAAACAAGUUCAGGUACCACAUAAUUCCAGAUGGCAACUGUCUGUACCGGGCCGUAUGCAAGGCCUCCUAUGGCGACCAGGCCCAACACGGCGAGCUGAGAGAGCGUACGGUCCACCACAUUGCAGACCACCUGGACCAGUUCAACCCCAUCAUUGAAGGCGACGCGGGCGAGUUCCUCAUCAAUGCGGCGCAGGACGGCGCCUGGGCCGGAUACCCCGAGCUGCUUGCCAUGAGCCAGAUGCUCAACGUCAACAUCCACCUCACCACGGGGGGCAGCGCAGAGAGCCCCACCGUCUCCACCAUGGUCCACUUCCUGGGUGAGGAGGACGUGUCCAGGCCGGCCGUCUGGCUGAGCUGGCUGAGUAACGGACACUAUGACGUCCUCAUGGACACGCGUGUGGACAACCCAGAAUAUGAGAGCUGGUGCAGACACUCUCAGAUGCAGAGGAUGCGGGAUGAAGAGCUGGCCAUGUCCAUGGCGGCGUCUCUGUCCAAAAUGUACAUUGAGAAGAAUGGAGCGGCGUGAAUUCACAAUGACUCCUUGACGUGUGCCUUAAAUUAUUUAUUUUUGAUAAGAUUAACCGUAUAACAGUGAGGAUGUGUGAUGUUGAUGUGAUGGAAUGAUCUUGGGCUAUUUAUUUACUAGUUUCAUUAUUCCUGCACGGAAACUUUUACAAGAGUUUUAGAAAUAUUUUGUCACUUUUUCUAUCUCACUUGUCUAAAUAAAACUGUCCUUUUUGUGA